CCCCCCCGGACCGGAGGAACCCGGGGCCGAGCGAGGCGCCGAGAACGACGGCGGAGAGUUUCUUCUCUCCUCCCUCCCUCCUCCUCCUCCUCCUCCCCGCGGCCGUCAGCGGAGGGAGAAAGGGCCCCGCCGGGAGCACGGAGCAGCCGGGCAGCCCCCACCCCCCGCGCUCCCCUCCUCCCCCUUUAUUGCCCUUUGUGUGCGUUCGCCGCCUGCGCCGCUCCGGGGCCGGCCGGGAGCCGGGGGGCCGCUGAGAACCUGCAGUGCUCCGGUAUCCCUGGCAGCAGCUGGGAGUGCAUUCACUUCAGAGAUCCUUACUGACGAUGGUGAUCAUUGGAGGUAUAAAUACUGAAGGAUACAUCAUUUACAGACAAGAUCUUUGAAGUUAAUUUCCUUCAGACAGCAGUGGAAGAAGAGGCUAAAAUCAAAACAUAACAGACAGGAAAACAUAAAGACUAGAAGAAACAGCACUUCACUUUUUCUUUCUAAAAAUUCAGAGAACCACCAAAAUCUGGUGGAUUACCUCCACCGAUCUUCUGGAUUUGAGAUGUAACCUGGCAUGCAAGAGUUCCUCACAUGAGGGGUGCAGUAAGACAAGAAGCCAGCCUCAAUGGACAUAGCCCAUUAUCGAGAUCUCAACAGGAGAAUAGCUAAAGCAAAUCUCCAAGUGCAUCAAGAAUUCUAAGAAGACUAAAUAUCCCCAAGGUAACUAGAAGCAAGACCAUGAGGAGUAAUGUAGCUUGGAAUGAACGUGAUGAUAAUAUCCACCUUAAAUCUAAUGCUUAACGAGGAAAAAGGCUGUUUUGUUGGAGCCAGGAAGUCAUGAAAGAAAGUCAAGAAGAGAACUUGGAUAAUGAACAGAAGAUAAAAAGAAAACAAAAAGAAUGUGGCAUAUAAAGGGUAUAAUACCUGGAGGUAUUAGAUCUGACUCAUAUUUAUAAAAAUGAGACGAGCUUUCACAAAAUACAAGUUAUCUUAGUCAUCAAGCUUGGAACCAUGCUGUUGAACUAGAAAUUCUCCUUUUCCCCAUUCUCCUUUCUGACAGGUAACAAAGGAUUGGUGAAUUAUGAUUUUCCCAAGUUGGAAGCACUAAUUUUUAUCUAUAUAGUUCGUCCUUAUGAAUAUAUAAGGAGUUAAACAUUGCAUAUUUAAUGUGGAUUAUAAUGGGAAACUGACUCAUUAACAAAAAUGGCCACUUUUAAGGACUUGGUUUCAAACUGAGCCGGAGCCUCCCAAUGCACUUUGUACAAUUUGGGGAAAGAUGUACUGAAUGGCCUUCUUUGGGAGGCCAUGAUGACAUGUAGUAAAAGGAUAUCAUCUUACUGUUGAUAUCUUUGAAGACUCAUAAACAGAAACAGAAAAAUGAAUGGUGGAAAGGAGUGUGACGGAGGGGACACGGAUGGAGGGCCACCAGCAGUGCAAGUUCCCGUUGGUUGGCAGCGACGGGUGGACCAAAGUGGAGUGCUCUAUAUCAGUCCCAGUGGGUCUUUAUUAUCCUGCUUGGAGCAGGUGAAGACUUACUUGCUGACUGAUGGAACCUGCAAAUGUGGCCUAGAAUGUCCUCUUGUUCUUCCCAAGGUCUUUAAUUUUGAUCCUGGAGCUGCUGUGAAGCAGAGAACUGCUGAAGAUGUUAAAGCAGAUGAGGAUGUCACCAAACUAUGCAUACAUAAAAGAAAAAUUAUUGCUGUGGCUACACUUCAUAAAAGCAUGGAAGCACCACAUCCUUCACUAGUUCUAACUAGUCCUGGUGGUGGAACAAGUGCAACUCCGGUAGUUCCUACUCGAGCAGCAACUCCAAGAUCAAUGAGGAAUAAAUCACAUGAAGGAAUUACAAAUUCUGUGAUGCCAGAAUGUAAGACUCCUUUCAAGUUGAUGAUAGGGGCAUCUAAUGCCAUGGGUAGGCUUUAUGUGCAAGAAAUGGCUGGAAGCCAGCAACAAGAACUUCAUUCUGUCUAUCCUAGGCAGAGAUUGGGUAGUAAUGAACUUGGACAGAAGUCUCCAUAUCGUGGCAGUCAUGGUGGGAUGCCCAGUCCAGCUUCAUCAGGAUCACAGAUAUAUGGAGACGGCUCAAUCUCUCCUAGGACUGACCCACUUGGAAGCCCUGAUGUUUUCACAAGGAACAAUCCCAGUUUUCAUGGAGCACCCAACUCAAGUCCUAUUCAUAUGAACAGGACACCUCUGUCUCCGCCAUCAGUAAUGCUACAUGGUUCUCCCAUACAGUCAUCCUGUGCAAUGGCUGGAAGGACUAAUAUACCUCUUUCCCCAACCUUGACCACAAAAAGCCCUGUAAUGAAAAAACCCAUGUGUAAUUUUUCAACUGGUAUGGAAAUACCACGAGCAAUGUUUCACCAUAAACCACCCCAAGGUCCACCUCCUCCUCCUCCACCGCCUUCUUGUGCUCUUCAGAAAAAGCCAUUAACAUCAGAAAAGGAUCCACUUGGCAUACUUGACCCUAUUCCUAGCAAACCAGUCAAUCAGAAUCCUGUUAUCAUUAACCCAACUACUUUCCAUUCAAAUGUCCACUCUCAGGUACCCGUGAUGAAUGUAAGCAUGCCUCCUGCUGUCGUCCCUUUGCCAAGUAAUCUUCCUUUGCCAACUGUAAAACCUGGUCACAUGAACCAUGGAAGUCAUGUUCAAAGAGUUCAGCAUUCAGCUUCUACUUCCCUAUCUCCUUCACCAGUGACAUCCCCAGUUCACAUGAUGGGAUCCGGGAUUGGAAGGAUAGAGGCUUCUCCCCAAAGAUCACGUUCUUCUUCCACAUCAUCAGACCAUGGAAAUUUCCUGCUGCCUCCAGUAGGACCGCAGCCAUCCUGUACUGGUAUUAAAGUUCCUCCCAGGUCCCCACGGUCAACAAUAGGGUCGCCAAGACCAUCUAUGCCAUCUAGCCCCUCCACCAAGCAUGAUGGACUUAAUCAAUACAAGGACAUCCCUAACCCAUUAAUUGCUGGAAUGAGUAAUGUAUUAAAUCCUCCAAACAAUGCAGUUUUUUCCACUGCAUCGGCUGGAAGUGGUUCUUUGAAGAGUCAGCCUGGUUUGCUGGGAAUGCCUUUAAAUCAGAUCUUGAACCAGCACAAUGCUGCCUCUUUUCCAGCAAGUAGUUUACUCUCAGCAGCAGCCAAAGCACAGCUAGCAAAUCAAAAUAAACUUGCUGGUAACAACAAUAACAGCAGUAGCAAUUCUGGACCUGUUGCCAGCGGUGGCAACAACGAAGGACAUAGCACUUUAAAUACCAUGUUCCCUCCUGCUGCCAAUGUGCUUCUACCAACGACUGAAGGGCAAAGUGGUCGAGCAGCACUGAGAGAUAAAUUGAUGUCUCAGCAAAAAGAUCCUCUGAGAAAACGAAAGCAGCCAACCACCACAGUGUUGAGUUUGCUGAGACAGUCUCAGUUGGAGAGUUCUGGAGUUUCCAAAGCUGGAUCUGAUUUAGUAAGAAAGCAAAGUCAAAGCUCUUUUCCCAUCAGCUCUAUGUCCCAGUUACUUCAGUCCAUGAGUUGUCAAAGCUCUCACAUGAGCAGCAAUAGUACUACCAGCUGUGGGAGCUCAAAUACUGUUUUACCUUGCUCUGGUAACCAGAUGCAUUUUGCAGACACCAGUAUGAACCCUGGCACUCUUCAGAACUCACUGGCACAGAGUUUACCGUUACGAGGGGAAGGUAUGCACUGCCAGAACACAAACACUAACUUUGUCCACGGUACUGGCCCUGCCACCACCAACCAUCUCGCAGGUUUAAUAAAUCAGAUGCAGGCUAGCGGGAACUGUGGGAUGCUCAGUCAGUCAGGAAUGGCUUUAGGAAACUCAUUACAUCUGAACCCACCUCAGCCAAGAAUCCAGGCAUCCUCCACUCCAGUGAUACCAAACAGCAUUGCUAACAGCUGUAAUCAAACAAGUCCUGAAGCAGGGGGUUCGGGACCAUCAUCAUCAAUAGCCAUAGCUGGCACCAGCCAACCUGCCAUCACCAAGACAACAUCUGUUCUUCAAGAUGGUGUUAUAGUCACUACUGCAGCUGGAAACCCACUUCAGAGCCAGCUGCCCAUUGGGGGUGAUUUCCCUUUCGCUGGCCACGAACACUCGCUUCAUUUCCCGCAGAACAGCUCUUCAAACAACAAUCUUCCACCUUCUUUGAAUCAAAACCUCCUCAGUUCUCUACCUAUCUCUUUGCCAGUGAAUCAGCAACAUCUCCUAAGCCAGAAUCUAUUAAAUAUACUGCAGCCUUCAGCAGGAGAAGGCAAGUCUGAGGUCAACCUCAACCCUUUAGGUUUUCUCAACCCGAAUGUAAAUGCUGCUUUAGCUUUUCUCUCCAGUGACGUGGAUGGGCAGGUAUUACAGCCUGUUCAUUUUCAGCUUCUAGCAACCCUCCUCCAGAACCAAGCCCAAGCAGCUGCCAUGCUUCCCCUACCAUCUUUCAAUCUGACCAUCUCAGAUUUGUUGCAACAGCAAAAUAACCCUUUGCCCUCAGUAACACAGAUGACAGCCCCACCUGACCAUUUGCCAAGCAAUCAGUCAGAAAGCAACAGGGUUGAGACCCUUUUAAGCAACCCCUUGGGGAACCCUUUACCAAGCUUUUCAGGCACUGACACUACUUCUAACCCCCUGCUCCUCCCAGCUGUCUCUGGGGCCUCAGCAUUAAUGGCCUUGAAUCCCCAGCUGGUGGGAGGUGUCCUGAACUCUGCAUCGGGCAACACUGCUAAUCAUCCAGAGGUUUCCAUAGCCACCUCCUCCCAAGCAACCACUACCACAACCACUACAUCAUCAGCAGUGGCAGCACUGUCUGUCUCUACCCUGGGUGGUGGGACAGCAGUGGUGUCAAUGGCAGAAACAUUGCUGAACAUAUCUAAUAAUGCUGGGAAUACAUCUGGUCCAGCUAAACUCAACAGUAACUCUGUGGUGCCACAGCUACUUAACCCUCUACUGGGGACAGGUCUGCUUGGUGACAUGUCAUCUAUAAACACUACUUUGAAUAACCAUCAACUGAGUCAUCUCCAGUCACUAUUAAACAACAAUCAGAUGUUUCCUUCAAAUCAGCAGCAACAGCACCUUCUCCAGGGGUAUCAGAACAUGCAGGGCUUUCAAGGCCAGCCCCCAAUUCCUGGCCCAGCUAACAACCCCAACCCCAUGGCAUGUCUGUUCCAAAAUUUCCAGGUGAGAAUGCAGGAAGAUGCUGCUGCCCUAAACAAAAGAAUGAUCACUCAGAUGGGAAUGGCACCGGUUCCUGAGAGCUCCAACGCUAUGCUUCCUCCUUUCCAAGAAACAUCUUGUGAUUUGCAGCAAAGAACUGAACCAGCUCUUGGUCAACAGGCAAAGGAUAACCUCAAUGUCGCUGCUCAGGGUGAUACAUCAGUGGAUGCGAUCUACAAAGCAGUCGUAGAUGCUGCAAGCAAGGGAAUGCAAGUAGUGAUCACCACUGCUGUUAGCAGUACCACACAAAUGAGUCCCAUUCCAGCUUUGAGUGCCAUGAGUGCCUUCACAGCCUCAAUUGGUGACCCGCUAAAUCUCUCUAGUGCUGUCAGUGCAGUAAUCCAUGGAAGAAACAUUGCUGUUUCUGAUCACGAAGGUAGGAUAAGGAACACUAGAGGAACGCGAGUACUGAAGAAUUCAGAGCAUGGUAAAAAUUCAACUGAAGGGGAUGGGUAUGAAUAUUACAAACCAACAAGUUGUAACACGCCCAAAAAACAGUGGGAAGGGGAGCAAAGUCCUGUCAGUGAGAUAAAUAGGUGGAAAUGUGAGGAGUUUCUAGACCACUCCACCCAUAUCCAUAGUAGUCCUUGUCACGAAAGGCCCAACAACAUCUCCACACUGCCAUUAUUGCAAGGCGAGCAGCAUCAGAUACUGUUAUCACAGCGAAACUGUCAAAGUGAUAAAAUGUUGGAGGAGAAUUUCAGGUAUAACAAUUACAAAAGAACUAUGAUGAGUUUUAAGGAAAGACUGGAGAACACUGUGGAACGAUGUGCACACAUAAAUGGAAAUAGGCCUCAGCAGAACAGAGGAUACGGGGAGUUGCUGAACACUUCUAAACAAGACCUGAUUCUGGAAGAGCAAUCUCCGAGCUCCUCAAAUAGUUUGGAAAGUUCGUUAGUUAAAGACUACAUCCAUUACAAUGGAGAUUUUAAUGCCAAAAGCAUUAAUGGGUGUGUGCCUAGCCCUUCAGAUGCUAAAAGCAUCAGUAGUGAAGAUGACCUAAGGAAUCCAGAUUCCCCUUCUUCCAAUGAGCUGAUACAUUACAGGCCGAGGACGUUUAAUGUUGGCGACUUGGUCUGGGGCCAAAUCAAAGGACUGACUUCAUGGCCUGGAAAGCUAGUAAGAGAAGAAGACGUUCACAAUUCAUGUCAACAAAACGCUGAGGAGGGGAAGGUCUGGGUAAUGUGGUUUGGUGUUCAUACCUUCACUCAGGUGGAGCCAGAGAAGUUGAAGACACUAACAGAAGGUCUAGAAGCUUACAACCGAGCCAGGAAAAGGAACAGAAAAAGUGGAAAGCUAAAUAACCAUUUAGAAGCUGCUAUACAUGAGGCCAUGAGUGAACUAGACAAAAUGUCUGGGAAUGUCCACCAAAUCCCACAGGGAGACAGACAAGUGAAGCCUCCAAAACCCAAGAGGAGGAAGAUCUCUAGAUAACAUUGAAUGUCUUUGUUACUGGUCCAGUACUUAUCAAAACGAACGUGCACAUAAGUCUGUAUGUAGGUAUUGAUAUAGACGUGGUUAUAUCAAUAUUUAUAUGAAGACGGCCGCCGCCGCGGGGUGCUACGUGGAGUGUGGUACAGUGUGUGGAUGAGCAGGAGGGAGAGAGGUUGCUGGAAAAGCCAAUCAGAAAUCUGGGAAGGUUACAGUAACCAUGUCAGAUGAUUACUGAGGGGUUUUUUUGUUUUUUUGUUUUUUUUUCUAUAAUACUAAAAUUGUGAUUAUAAGGAAUAGUCCAAAUGUUUCUGAGAAAUUUUCAUUGUGUAUAUAGAUAAUACAGAAUUUCAUGGUGAUAUCUGAAAUGUAAAUAUUGUACAAUAUUGUCAUGUACAAGCGUACCUAAUGCACACUUUAUCUUUUAUUGUACAAAAAAAUAGUGUACAAAAUUCUUUGGUUUCUAUUGAGUACACAUACAAGAGACUACCAGUGUAAAGUGAUAAAUAAAAAUACAGCCUAAAUGCUUUUAUAUGAUAAUGUAAAAGAUGCUGUUUUUGUAUUUAACAGCAGAGAGAAGGCAUGAUUAUGUAAUACCUUAAUUAUGACAUACACUUCACGCCACUGAGUGUCCAUUUAUCCUGUCUGUUUGGAAUGAACCUUGCCUGGAAGUACUGUACUCCAUUUCAGGUCUCUGUAGGAGAGUGCAACCUUGCAGAUUCCUAAUGGGAUGUGGGAUCACAGCUCUAAGUAAUGAUUCAAAGGCUGCAACUGUUGGUUGCAUUUUUAUUUACUUAACUUUUAAAGUAGAAUGGUGUAGAUUUUAUUAAAGAAAAAAAAAAAAAAAGUAGAUGGGCUAUUUUAGUCAGCUAUUUCUGUAGUUAAGGUUUCAUAGCCACCUGCUAAAGUAAAGAGUUUCUAUCCCCAGUAACCCUGACCCCAAGCACCUAGGUUGAUUAGCUGAAAUUACCUGACAUUGUGAAGCAUCGCGUUGGCUGUUAAUGGGGCUCCAACCCGUGACUGGUGCUGGCUGCAGAUUGGUUUUGCAGAACGCACAGCAUGCUCCCAGCCCUCAGAGAGGUAAUCCCAGACCCAUCUCACAGUCCUGAAACAGAAAAUCAGGGGUGGCUUACAGAACUAUUAGCAGCAGUAAUUUUUAUCAGUAUUAUGUAACAUAUCAGAUUUAUUUUAUUUAAAAAGAAUUAUUUAUACCAUUAACAGAUUUCUUAUAUAUAUUAAUGUGGCUGAAAUGUGCAGGUUAAAUCUAUUAACCAAAUUAUUUAUGUUAUAUUAAGUGAGAAAUGUGAAACAAAUGUAGAAAAAAAAAUUAAUACACUACAGAUUUAAAAGUCUAAAGCUAUGAGCCAUUAUAAAUUAACGAACAGAAGUGUAGCACAACGUUAUUUCCAUUCUAGCUCAUACAUUUUUCACGUGGAUGGUGGUGAUGGCGAUGGAAGCAGUGACACCCUCUGUCCUCAGGGCUUCUUGAAAUUGCUCCCAGGUCACCGCUGGCCCCCGGGCACAGCCAGAGCUCCCCUCUGUCCUCCCCCGGCCCAGCACUGGCAGCAGUCAGCAUCCCGUUGGCUCCGGGAGCAGCGGCCCUGCACGCAGCCUGUGGCAGAGGCCAGCUGACCCCGAGGACCCGGCCCCCAGGGCUCCAGCACAGAGCAGUCCCUCCGGGCUCACCGCUUCCUCGUGUCUCACCAAACAGCUCUUUCUCCUCCUUCCCCAGCCCGAGGGAUCGCAAUAGCUACACUGGCUACAGGGGCCUGGAGCAGGAGCCCUUCCUUCCGCGGGGUAGGUUCAUUUGUCAUGUGUGUAACGCCACGGUCCUACAUGCAAACUCAUGUGGAGUGAUUGUUUUUUUUCUUUUUGCGUAGCUUAGUUGGCAUUUUUCUGUUGCGAGUCGACGUGUUCGUUACGUUCCAAGAUUGACGCUGUCCGUUCCCAUCGCAGCCCGCUUUGCUGCCGUGUGUCCCGCCUGUGUCGGACGGCCACGCCGCGGUGUGCGCCUGCCUGCGUGCGUGCCUGGCUCCGUUCGGUUGGGUUCUGCCUUUGCUUUCUGUCCUAGAGCGGAGUUUGUAUCGAGCAACCUUCUUUUGGCAUCUAACUCCUUAGGUUUGUACUUCCUCACCACUGUAUACUUUACAUCAGUAGACCAUGUAAAGUAUUUUUGUGCACUUGAUUUCAUUGGUUAAUAAUGGCAUUGAUGUGGGUGCUAGGAGUAGCUUGUUUCAGUCCAUACCAUAUUUUUUUUCUCUCUUUUAGAGUUUUUCUGGUUUCAUGUAAGCAGUUAAUGUAAAUAUUGUGAGCAUUACAGGUCAUGCGGUGUUGUAACAUUUUAAAAAAUGUUGCACCUACUUUACGAUUAAAAAACUGGUCACUCAUACUUGAAUUUUGCCCAUAGAGCCAUUUCUUUCUCUUUGCAUUAAAGCCUAAUAUACUUUUUUGAUGGAGGCCCAACCCUUCUUUCUACCUUAUUAUUUUUUGUUUAAUAAAUCUCUAUUUUUUCUAAUAGAAGACUUAAAAUGAAACUUUAAAAAAAAAAGAAAAAAAAAAAUUAAGAAUAAUACUUUUUGCCUACUUUCUAAUUUAAGAGAGAAUUCCUAUAUUUAAAAGGUGAAAAAGAAAAAAAAAAAAAAAAAAAAAAGAAAGAAAGAAAGAAAAAGAAAAACUCCAUUGUGGAAAGUGGAAGGAGGCUUUUGUCCGUCCGUGGCACAGUGACACAGAACCGCCCCGCGGAGCCGUGGCUCCCACUAUUUAUUUAUUUAUUGCUCCUCCGCUCCGCGGUGCCGGCGCGGUUGGGGUGUUCCGAUGAAAGGAAAUUAUUCCUCUUUCUGUUAUGGUGCAUUUUGUGAACACCAUAAAAAAAAAAAAAAAAAAAAAAAAAAAAAAAAUAA